CCCAGUGGGAGGGGGUGAGCCGAGUGGGCGCCGCCCGGCCGCUUCUGCGCUCUCUCGCCGGCGGGCGGGAUAAAUGCGGGAUUCGGGGCGGCCGCUCGGCUUAGUCGCUGAGCUGAGCAGGAGGAGCAGCAGAGUGGAAGCUCAGCCGCCGCAGCCGCAACCUCCGCCGCUCUUAUUCCCCCGGAGAGGCGCUUCUCCAGCGAGGGCGAGAGAGAUUGUUUUGGGUUAGGAAUCAUGAACGGGCAUCUUGCUCUCCUCUUUGCUGCCUUGAUUUCUGCGUGCCUUUGCUUCCCACCGAGUCCCCUGUCUCUUGAGGAACUUGGCUCAGACAUUGGGAUCCAAGUUUUCAAUCAGCUGGUCAAAAGCAGGCCGAAGGAGAAUGUUGUGGUUUCCCCGCAUGGAAUUGCAUCAGUACUUGGAAUACUUCAACUUGGAGCUGAUGGCAAGACAAAGAAACAGCUAACAACAGUGAUGAGAUACAGCGUAAAUGGAGUUGGCAAAGUACUGAAGAAAAUAAACAAAGCCAUAGUCUCAAAGAAGAAUAAAGAUCUUGUGUCAAUUGCAAAUGCUGUCUUUGCAAAAAGUGGCUUGAAACUGGAAGUGCCUUUUGUUUCAAGAAACAAUGAAGUCUUUCAGUGCAAUGUUAAGAGUGUGAACUUCGAGGACCAGAACACUGCCUCUGAUACUAUCAACCAGUGGGUCAGAAAUGAGACUAAGGGUAUGAUAGACGGCAUCGUAUCUCCAGAUUCCCUUGAUAGUGAGCUGACCAGAUUGGUGCUGGUAAAUGCAGUAUACUUUAAGGGACUAUGGAAAUCACGUUUUCAACCAGAAAACACAAAAAAGCGAACAUUUAACGGAGCUGAUGGAAAGACUUACCAAGUGCCUAUGCUGGCUCAGUUGUCAGUGUUCCGAUGUGGCACAACAAGUACUCCUAAUGACUUGUGGUACAAUAUCAUUGAAUUGCCCUACCAUGGUGAAAGUAUCAGUAUGCUGAUUGCUCUGCCCACGGAAAGCACAACUCCUUUGUCUGCUAUUAUCCCUCACAUUAGCACGAAAACGAUACAGAGCUGGAUGACAACUAUGGUGCAGAAGAGAGUGCAGGUUAUUUUACCCAAGUUUACUGCGGAGGCAGAAACAGACUUAAAGGAACCUUUACAGGAGCUUGGCAUUCAAGAUAUGUUUGAUCAGUCAAAGGCAAAUUUUGCAAAAAUAACAAGAACAGGAAACAUUCAUGUAUCUCAGAUAUUGCAAAGAGCAAAAAUUGAAGUGAGUGAAGAUGGAACCAAAGCAUCUGCAGCAACAACUGCAAUUUUAAUAGCCAGGUCAUCCCCACCUUGGUUUGUGGUAGACAGGCCUUUUGUAUUCUUCAUACGGCACAAUCCUACAAAUGCCGUUUUGUUCAUGGGACAAAUCAACAGACCUUGAAUGUGGGAGAUUUUCCUUCUGAAGCAAAUUUUAAAAUGAAUGCCCUUCUUCCAUUAAAUAUUUUUGUACAUUAUUAUUUGGCUAUGAACUAGCAUUUAAGUGUGGUUUGUCCAACUAGGUUUUGAAAAGGAGUUUUAAGUAGCUGGGGAGUGUUGUGGAAAAACAGAAUGCCUUUUCAAAACAAGAUUCUUAAAACUACUGAUUAGUUCCCUGUGCUAAUAACCUUUGAAAUUUGGGGUGGGGUCUUGAGUAUUUUGUAUUGUGAUUUUAAGUCUUAACCAGAGUUGGAACUAAAGGAGCAACUUUGAUUUCUGUUUGGUUGGUACCUAAAUGCCCUCCUACUACUAUUGCCAUCUACCGAGUGGUUUGAGGAGGCAUUGCCGUAAGAAUUUCAAAGCUUUAGCCAUUUUUAUUUUAUAUUGUGCAUGCACUGCUGAGACUUAAAACAACUAAUGUCCCAGUUAACGCCUUUGCAUUGGUGUAAUGUUAAACUUGUCAUUGCUAGUAUACAAUUUCUAUGGAUUUAAAUUUUAUAUUUUUUUGUACAAAGGAAAAAAAAUAAAGUCAUUAUGAACAGAUGAAA